AUGUCUCUAUGGUGGAGUCGCCGUAAUUGUCCCGACACUACUCCAUCCACAUGGAGAUUUCGUCCCUCAAGCAUCUGGAGAUUUGCAGAUCAGCAGAUCGAUCAUUCAGGUGAACGAUGCCUUCGCGUUCGGAUGCCGACCGAGCUUGUCAUGAACACAACUGAACGAUGGAUGUAUCCGUGCACACAGCAAUUGCCACACAAACUUUCGUGGACAGGGCUUCUCUACACCUUCAGUGGACUGAAACUGCCCUUUUUGCGCUCAUCCACAACUGGCAGAGCCUUGAUGGGCUGGCUCCUUACACAGAAGAAAGCGAAUUUACAUGGCAUGUAUCUUGCAGAAUUGAUCUCGUGUGCGCGGUUGCACUCCUUCGAAGGCGUAGGGCCACACGACCAUCGGGAUGCUAAAUUCGGGACGAUCAAGUUUAUAACUAGCUCGGACUUAACUCCCGAUACGGAUCAUGAACCGAAUGGUGCAUCCAAACUAGUCUGGCCAGCGCAAGUCCCAGUCCCCGGCUGGCCAGAUCCGUGGGGCCGUUUGGCCACCUCUUGCGAAACCCCGUCUUCAGGGUGGUACGGAUGGUGA